CUGAUCUAAAUGGAAUUAGUUGAGUCUGAAGCCCCUUGUGAAAGGAACAGACAUGGUACAUGGGCACAGCUUCCUUCACGUUGUUGCAAGUCUUCUCAUUCUUGGGCUAUCUGGGGCAACAAAAAGGGAUUCAACAGUGAAGAACAACUCUGGAGUCAAGCCCGUGGGCCAAUGUGGAACGUGGGUAAAAGAGCCAGAAGGAGGGCUGUUCACGUCCCCCAACUAUCCAAACAAAUACCCCCCAGAAACCGAGUGUGUUUACAUCAUUGAAGCGCCUCCAAGGCAAUGCAUUGAUCUGCAUUUCGACGACAGCUACUCAAUAGAGUCCUCAUGGGAAUGUAAAUUUGACAACAUUGAGGUCAGAGAUGGACCGUUCGGCUUCUCCCCGAUCAUGGGGCGUUAUUGUGGUCAGCACAGCCCCCCCUUCAUCAGGAGCAGUAGCCGAUAUCUCUGGAUCAAAUUUGUCUCAGAUGGAGAACUGGAGGCGAUGGGGUUUUCAGCCAACUACAACUUCACGGCAGAUCCGGAUUUUGCAGACUUGGGAGUACCUGCACCUCUACCCUUCUGUGAGUUCAACAUGGGCGGACCGGAGGGGAUCGUGGAGUCUCACCAGAUCGUGAGAGACGGCAAAGCCUUGGCUUCGGAAGCUGUGGACUGCAAAUGGUACAUCCGUGCUCCGCCACGCUCCAAGAUCUACCUGCGUUUCCUGGACUACGAGAUGGCCAACUCCAACGAGUGCAAGCGGAACUUUGUGGCGGUGUACGACGGCAGCAGCUCCGUGGAGGACCUGAAGAACAAGUUCUGCUCCACGGUGGCCAACGACGUAAUGCUGGUGUCCACGCUGGGCGUGAUCCGGAUGUGGGCUGACGAGGGCAGCCGCAGGAGUCGCUUCCGCAUCCUCUUCACCACCUACCAAGAACCUCCGUGUGAAGCGGACACGUUUUUCUGCCACAGCAACAUGUGCAUCAACAACACACUGGUGUGUAACGGGAUGCAGAACUGUGUCUAUCCCUGGGAUGAGAACCACUGCAAAGAGAAGAGGAAAGCCAACAUACUGGACAACCUGAACAACACCAACGGCACCAUCAUCGGCGUCACGUGCUGCAUCGUCCUCCUCCUCCUCAUCGUCUCCGUCAUCGUCCAGAUCAAACAGCCCAGGAAGAAGUACAUCCUGCGUCGCGAGGACUUCGACCCCACCAUGUUCCAGGAGGUCUUCGAGCCCCCCCACUAUGAGCUGUGCACCUUACGGAGCGCCACGGCCGCCACGGCCUCGGCCGACCUCGUCGACCUGGCGGAGGACUUUGAGAACUACCACGCCCUGCGGCGUUCCUCAUCCCGCUGCGUGCACGACCACCACUGUGGCUCAGCCUCAAACCCGGGCUCUGCCCACCUGUCCCAGCUGUCACUGAGCGGGCGGGGCAGCCGGGGCAACCUCAGCGCGCGCGAGGCCGCCGCCCUCCUCACAGACCUCCCCCCACAGCAGCCAAUGGCGGUGCGGCCGCUGCUCCCGGCAAGUGGCAACCGUCGCAGUAUCCUAGUGAUGAAGCACAGCUACUCGCAGGAGGCGGCGGACAACGGCUGUGACCUGGACGAUGACCUGGAUGAAGUUCCAACCACCAGCCACCGGCUAGCACGCCACGAGAAGGCAGUACAGCGGUUCUGCCUCAUUGGCUCAUUGAGCAAACAUGAAUCAGAGUACAACACAACUAGGGUCUAA